GUUGCAGUAGACUACUGGACUAGUUUUAAUCAGAAAAUAUUUCUUACUUUAACUGGAUAUUUUUUAAUAAAAAAUAUAAAUUAUUAUAAAGUUCUACUGGGCUUCCGACCGGUAUCUAAAUCUUAUACUAGUAAGAAUCUAGCUAUAAUUAUUCUAUUAGUUUUAUACAAAUAUAACCUGUUCUAUUAG